GAGACUUUCUUUCUUCCCAAGAGAUCUGUGCUUCUGCUUGGGGAACUUGGCGGCUUUGGCUCUAAGGAUGGAAGGCCCAAGCAGGCUGCCAUGAUGGCCGAGGUUGAUUGAGAAGACCGCCCAGUCCAAAGGUGGGCUCUGGCAACGUUGACUGCCGGAAGUGCUAGCUCGAAUGCUAUGGUUGGGGAUGAUUCAUUAUAUGGUCUAUGAUGCUCGUCAGGCUCGAUGGGCGAAAGAAGCGAAACGGGCGCUCGCCGCUAGCAGAUACUUUGGAGCGUGGAGCGGAUGUUCUUACCUAUGCUUUCAAGGCCAUAGAACUUUAUGGUGCACCGGAACUAGCCUUCGUGGACAUCUGGUGAUUCCAGAAGGUAUACUAUAUAUUGUGGAUGAAGAGAGCAGGGCUAGGUACAUCAUAUUGCUGCUUGACGAGCAAGCCCAAGAAGCGGCGGCCCCACGAAACAGCAUCAUACGCGGGAUUGGGAAGUUCCCAGAGGCCGGGGUGUUUUUUCCCGAGGCCCGGGGUGUUUUGUUCAGAGGCCCAGGGUGUUUUUGGUUGACAGCCAUGGAGAGCAUGAGCAGGAACGUGUGGCCAAAAACGCCCAGCCAACCAGCAGCACCGAACCCCCACACGGCAAGGAGAUACAGAGGAACCGAGCAAACGAGGCAUGCCGCGAGCACACGGGCCAGUACGAAGCGUGAGCGGUCGCUUGGGCGACGCAGAACUGGCGUGCGGUUCUAUGUACCAGACGAUGCCCACUACAGGAAACGCCCGUUGAUGUGCGCUGAUGCCGAGCCUUGCAUCCACCAAUCUAUAAUACUAUGUUUCCUCUCACCGAAGGCAGGCCCUCGGGACCGACGCUCCUCAAGGCACGAGCGGGAGCCGCGGCCGGAACGGUGCGGGCGUCUUGAAAUGCGGAGCCCCGCCGCAUCAGAGGAGGUCUGGGCAGCAAGGGCGGGGCGGCUGGACACCGCUUGCCAUUGCCGCAGCCGGCCCACAGGGACGGAGCCGAAUGAGGCAGAGACACGCCCAAUGAGGCAGAGACAAGCCAAAUGAGGCAAGAGCGGAGCCCAACGAGCAGACAAAAGCCCAAUGAGGCAAGAGCGGGGCCCAGCGAGGCAGAGACAAGCCCAGCGAGACCGAGACAAGUCCAACGAGACAGAGACAAGCCCACCGCCAGCUAGA